AUGAAGGUAUUUGUUACAGGUGCUUCAGGUUUCAUUGGAACCCAAGUCGUUCGCGAACUUCUUGCUGCAGGACACGAGGUUGUCGCAUUAGCAAGAUCAGAUGCUUCCCAAGCUAAGUUAGAAGAGGUCAGUUCCAAGGUCAGUGUUCUUCGCGGAGACCUUAAUGACUUGGACUCUCUCAAGAAAGGUGCAGCAGAAUCAGAUGGUGUUAUUCACUUGGGAUUUGUUCACGACUUUACCAGAUACGAAGAGUGCUGUCAAAUUGAUCGCACAGCCACCACCACAAUGUUAGACGUCCUCAAAGGUACAAAUCGUCCAUUUAUUUAUACCAGUGGUGUUGUCAACCUGAAGGGGAAAGUGGCUGUUGAGACAGAUGAAAGAAGCGCGGAAGAAGGCAACACAAGAGCAUUGACAGAAAAACUAGCUGUAUCUUAUAAAGACAAAGAUGUAAGAGCAUUAUCUGUCAGAUUGUCUCCUACUGUACAUGGAGAAGGUGAUCAUGGUUUCAUUCCAGGUCUCAUUGGCAUUGCUAGAGGCAAAGGAUAUUCUGCAUAUAUUGGAGAAGGUUCAAAUCCUUGGCCAGCCGUGCAUGUCAAUGAUGCUGCAAAGGUGUUUGUUCUUGCCCUUGAAAAGGGUAAAGCAGGACAUGCUUACCAUGCAGUAGGUGAAGGCAGUGUCAAGUCGAAAGAUAUCGCUGAAGCUAUCGGAAGCAGUAUAAAUGUUCCUGUCAAGUCAAUCCCCCAAGAAAAGGCUAUGGAACACUUCGGAUUCCUUGGAAUCUUCUUUGGUCUCAGCGUUCCACAUUCAAAUGAGAUUACUCGCAAGGAAUUGGGAUGGGAACCAACAAAUCCUACCCUUUUAGAGGAUAUCGCUAGUGAUUAUUAUAGCAAGAGUUCGGCUAAGAACCUCUAA